UGACGAACAAUUUUAUUGUCGUGUUUGGAGUUUUUUGUUUUUGAAUCAGUUUUAAGUGAUUUACUCAAAUGCGGGGAUUAAUUAUUGUGCCCAUGGACUUGGAGCCUGGUUUCCGCAAAGCAGACAUACACAAUAUACCCGCCAUCAAUCACGGAAUGGUAUUUAACUAUUUCUCAGAAGCCGCUGACAAACAAAUUUCCUCGGAUAAUAACGAUCUGUUAAUAGACUACGUACAUCUGCGCCGGCAAGGAGAAGUAUGUGAGUUGAAGGCAUUAGUAUUCUCCGCUGCCGAUUUUGCCAAUACGGAAACACAUGCCAAUGUGGCCAUUAAGGUUAUAGAAGGCACGCAUUGCAUUAGGGAAUGUCAGUGCAGUCUUUGCCCCGGAGAAGCUGUUUGCCCACACAUUGUAGCCUUGGUGUUAUGGCUUCACAACAAAAGCACGGACAAGAGACCUACAGCUGUUGUGGAAUUCUGGGGUAAUGAGCUGGAAGCGCUUGUCCAACCAGAACCGACACGGGCUAUUCGCAUACGCGAUAUGGUGAGCGACCAUGAGCCUCCCAUCGAUGAGGAUUCAGAUGCGGCAGACCAUAGUGCAGGCGAGGAUCGCGCUUUUUUACAGUCUGUACUGGAGGAGUUGGCCAUAUGUGGAAGGGACUCAGCGCUGUAUCGCCAGUGCAUGGAGACAACCGAUGAAUUCGAGGCCAUACUUGUGCAUCAUGUGUUGUUGAAGGUUGCAGAGUACAAUAUAUUCGAUGUGCACAGUUUUCUGCAGCACAUGGAGCUGCAGGCGCAGAGCGGACUCUUUGAGAGCCUCAGCGAGGUGACCAAAACUCAGUACAAAUCCAAGCUAUGGAUUGAGGCGCAAUACAUGCGCAUACGCUGCUCCAUGAUGCACAUGAUUGCGACGCGUAAAACGCAGGUGGAAGAAGAACAAAUCUUCAAUAUGCUCUUUUGCAAGGGUCGCGACGAGAACACUGAGGAUCGUGUGCAACAGAAGCAACACAAGCGUUUCAUCUUGAAGCAGACUGAGAAACUGGAAAACAAGGAGUAUUAUGAGUGCGGUUUGCUGCUUCAUGAAAAUUAUCCCUAUUUGUGUGGUGCUCCCGAUGGAAUAACGGAUGAUCACAUUGUUGAAAUCAAAUCACCAAAGACUGAGGAGGAUUUUGAGAAGUAUCUCGAGGCACGCGAAUCCAUCGCACCCAAGUACAUGGCACAAAUCCAAAUACAAAUGUUUCUGGCCAAUGUGAAGAAGGCUCUCUACUGUGUGCUCAGUCCCACAUUCGAAACGAACGGAGCUCUGCACUACGUUUGGGUGCAAGCUGAUCCCGAAUUUGUGGCCAGCCUUCUGAGCAUGGCCGAUGAAUUCUGGAAGGACGUCGUCUAUCCGCGUCUCAUGAACAUAUAUCCACAAGCACUAUAACACUAUUAAUGUGACCCACAUCACCAGCCCACCACUAGCUAGUCAAUAGAUUUAAGCAAGCAAUUAGGUGUCAAGUCUACUAACCUUUGGCAUAUAUUUGCAGUGAUAUUACAGCCUUGGCCUCGCCAUGGCAAUUGCUGGCAAUAACUGAAUAUGUGCCGGUAAAGUCCAAUUUGGCACUGGGUAUCUCCAAACGGUACUCCGGUCCCUCGCCGAUGCGUCGGAAAUGUGGUGCGUCCUUGUAAUACUCGGUCUGCAAAUAAAAACCGAAUACAGAUGAAUAAAAAUUCAAUUGAUAUUAAAAUGAUAAUUGCAUCAAGAUUCCAAGUGCAGCCAUAAGGAUCGUUUAAGCCAACUGAAUGAAUGAAUAAAUGAAUCAUGUAUAAGUCGUUU